GAUAUACAUCAGUCGAUAGGUUCAUCAGCUUACUACGCACCAUGGGCAACGGCAAGGUGUACGCGACGAUCGUGCUCAUCAGGCUGAUAUACGCGGGCAUGCACAUACUCACCAAGGCGGCCUUCGAGGAGGGCAUGAGCACUACCGUCUUCGUCUUCUACAGGCACGCCGUCGCCGCCAUCUUCUUGGCCCCUUUCGCCUUCUUCCUCGAGAUCAGGAAGCGGCCGACGCCACCGUUGACGGUUAGGCUCUCAUUCAAGAUCUUUGUCCAUGCCUUCUAUGGGAUGGCUGGAACGAUAAACUUGUAUAGCAUUGGUCUGAACUAUGCGUCGGCCACCUCUUCAUCGGCUAUCUUCAACAUCGUGCCAGUGGUGGCCUUCAUCUUGGCAGUCAUGUUCAGGAUGGAGACUCUGAAGCUGAAGACUGUCCACGGCAUGGCCAAAGCCUCGGGGAUUCUUCUCUGCGUCGGAGGGGUGGUGGCGCUGGCGCUGUACCAAGGCCCCCAGCUCAAGUCCUUCAACCACCACCCUCUCCUGCACAGCACCAGCAAGGCCGUGCACGCGCAUCCCGAGAAGAACUGGGCGCUGGGGAUCUUCCUCAUGACCGCAUCGGUCGUGAUAUGGUCUCUCUGGACAGUGAAGCAGGGCCCCCUGUUGCUGGAGUACCCAUCCAAGCUUCUCAACACCACGCUCCAGUGCACCUUCGCAAGUGUCCAGUCGUUCGUCAUCGCCAUCGUCAUGGAGAGGGACCUGGCGCGGUGGAAGCUCGCUGGCGGCAUGAGCCUCGUCGCGGUGCUCUUCACGGGUAUUGUUGUCGCGGCCAUCUCGUACUACCUGCAGAUCUGGGUGAUCGAGAAGAAAGGCCCGGUGUUCCUGUCCAUGUCGAUGCCGCUGAGCCUCGUCUUCACCAUGGUGAUCGCCUCGUUCCUAUUGGGGGAAGACGUCAGCCUAGGAAGCAUUAUCGGUGGCGCGCUGCUCGUCGCCGGUCUCUAUGCCGUGCUCUGGGGCAAGGGCAGGGAGGAUCGAGCGGUGGCCAGUCCACUGGACGGCACUCUGCCGCAGCUGGAGGAGCACAAGAGCCGAGCGGCGGAAACCAAGGAUAGCGAGACGUCCGACGCGACCGCAAAGGUUUGAUCCGCUCGUGGGCACGAUCUAUAGUGGAUCUCCAAAUUCUCCUGUACGAGUGGUGCGACCAGCGUUAUCAUGCCAUGAUGGUGAUUGGCCAAAGAAUGGAUCAGAGGCAGGGUGAUCCAGACCCGAGCUGUCGUAUCAUGACAAGGAAAUUAUGUACUUUUAGAGCUCAAUGUCUUGUAGUACAUCAACCAAGCAAUCCUUGUUUAUUGUGUGUACUUGUUGAAAUGUUACCGGUGUAUCAUCUGAAAAGAGAGAUCACCACCAAAAUGCACGUCCAAUAUCAACUUUUUCUUUUUUGCAAUGCCAAAUACUAUCAA